GGAGGGUCCGUCGUUUUCCCGCUACUGUUGCUACUGCUGCUUGCUGCUACUGCUUCUGCUAUCUACUGCUGUCGUCAUCGUCGCAGUCGCUGCUGUUGGUUAUGGCGACGAGUAGCUCCGACGGCUCCUGCACUGCGCCCGCGGAUUUCCAGCUCUCAUCUGAGCUGGAAGACGCGUCGAGUCGUCUGAGCAUGAAUCUGCUCAAGUGCCCAUUGUGCCAUAACAGCCGUCGGAUUUUUUACUGUCGCCAGUGCGUCCAGAACGGGGAUUUUAUACAUUCGAACACCGUCUACUCCGAACGGUUCGCGGAUAAACAAAUGCGGCUGGUACGGCUGAAGGCUGCUAGAGCCCAGUUAGAAGAGAAGUGCAUGAAGGCUCUGGAGAGGCACAAGCAGAGAGAUAAACUGAUUUGUGAUAUAAAUACAUGUAAAGAAAGAGUGAGACUACUACAGUCUCUAGUAAACGAAACAAGACAAAGUAUCAAUAGAGGUAAUCAACGUCUGAAUGUUUUGAAAGAUGUCAACUCUCAAUUAACUCUUCGAGUGCCACGGCACGAGGAUAGAAUAGAGAAAUUACAUCGAUAUGUUAAUGGCUUGAAAGUUAAGCAGGAGAAACAGAAAGAAGUUGUGGAUAGAAAAAGGGAGCAACUAAAGAAAGUUAUUAGAACUGCGGCCAAGCAGUUAAUUCAAUACAUUUUUCCUUUAUCUAAGGUCCAACCAAACAGAAGUUUGUGCAGCAGCGAGGACAGCGACAGUGCCACCUCGGAUAUUCUUACUAGCGCAUUAGCGGAUGCAUCAAGUACGUCAUAUGUACGGGGUAGAUGGAUUAACGAGAAAGAAAGUUCUCUAGAAAUCCAUCAUUCUAUUGUUGAACCAACGUUACCAGCGACAGGAGAUUACAGCGCUUAUUCUCUUUGGGUUGCGGCAAAUAAAGAUGGAGUGCCAGGUGCGAAUAAAGAAAAUGCGAUGCACAAUCCAGCGUAUAAUAUUAGUGCUGCUUUGACAUACGCUACACAACUGGUUAAUGUUCUUGCCUAUUAUGUUAAUAUAAAAUUACCGUAUAAACUUACUUGUGGAGAAUUUUGCGGGAAUGAAUUGUCGGACCAAAAAUUUGCUAGGAAAGUGGCAAGACUAAAUAGUAACGUAUUACAUUUGUGUCUUACGCAAAAUACCAAAAUAGAAGUUUUAAAUCCUAUGCAUACAUUGCAAAACCUGAUGCAUUUGCUCAAUACUGAAAUUAGUGAUCUCGGAAGAAUUGGACCAAUGGAAGUUGAUCCGUCUGUAAUAGCACAACUUCAUAAUCAAUUAGUUCCCGAUUUGGAAAAUAGUGAUGAUUCAGCUUCGGACGAAGAAGAUUUGUGUUGGGGAUGGGAAGCUGUAAGUCAUACUUCUGUAAGUUAUGUACGCUUCUAUAACGAAUUUCAAGCAAUAGGAACACGAUUGAUGGAUGCUGGUAUUCAUGGCGUUAUAUGUAUGCAGGUACCAAGUAUCGCUUGUCCUGAAAUGGCAGUACCAUCUUCUGCGAUGAUUAGUCAACAAUCUUCUAGUAUGCAGGUACAUCAGAGUGUCGCUGGUGGUUUGGUAACAAGUGCAGCAGCCAGUAUCGCUUCGAUUUGGCGAGGUUGGACUAAUAAAUAA